AUGUUUUCGAUGCUGACGAGCACUGUUCGCAAGAGACCGUCGAGCAUUCUUUUCAUUCUUUUAUUGCCGUUGAUCACACUCUUUUAUUUCCGUUAUGUUGUCGUGCAGCAGCACAAGACCGAGCAGCUUGUCACCGAUUUACACACAUACGUGGCCGAGUACCCUCUCGACGUCGCCCUCCCAGAUUACGCCUCGGUGGCCAACCAAGUGGCGGCUCUUUCACAGCUAGCUGGGCUUUACAUGCGAGAGCAGACUCUCGAUCGCAGCCGUCUCAAAGAUUCCCUGGCUCACCUUUUCCCCUGGUGGAAGGAAGAUAAAUUGGCCUAUGUGCCGUGGAAACACCAGACAAAGCAGAAGCCCUGGUCAAAGGAGAAGCCGGAGCUGAAGACGGGAAUCGUCGUCUGUGUCGGCGACGGCAAUGUGGAAGACGCCCUCUUUUUGAUCACCAACCUGAAAAAAGUGCUCAAGAACGAACUCCCCAUAGAAAUCGCCUAUGCCGGGGAUUCAGACCUGUCACCCCAUACUCGAACCUUUUUGCGGGCAACCAGCAAAGACAUACAAUUCCUCGACCUGACGAAAAUCUUUGACAACUCCCUCAUUGGCCUCAAAGGCUGGGCCACCAAACCUUUCGCCCUAAUAGCCAGUCGAUUUCCACAGACCAUCCUCGUGGACGCAGAUUCUGUCUUCUUUUCACACCCAGAGCGGGCGUGGACGGAUUACGAGGGCCUGAGAGAAACCGGGACGUUGUUCUUCCACGACCGAGCGGUGACCAUGGACCGAAGCGAGAACCGCCGGAGGUUCGUGGCGGAGCAGCUCGUGCGGGCCGGGCGACAGCCCUCGCCGCGGCUCAACAGCAGCUCGCUGUUCUACAAGGGUUACAUCGGCGAGGAGGCGGACUCUGCGGUGGUGUACUUUGACAAGUCGCGACCGGAGCUGUACGUGACGGCGCUGUUCGCCGCGUGGAUGAACGUGCAGGACGUGCGCGACGCCAUCACCUGGGACACGUUCUGGGGGGACAAGGAGUCGUACUGGCUGGCGGCGGAGCUGACUGGUGUGCCCUACGCGUUCGAGCCGUGGCAGGCGGCGCGCUUCUCAGAGGCCCUGUCGACCCCGGAGGCCGAGGUGUUCAAGACGCCGCGCAUCUGCUCGCCGCACAUGGUCCACUCGACCGCCGACGACGACGAGCCCUUCUGGACCAACAUGGGCAUCUGGCAGAACAAGGAAGACAAGUCCCUGGGCUUCGCCAACUGGACACACUGGUACCUGGGCGCGCCCAUCGACACCGCCAUCGCCACCACCGCCGCCGCAAACCUCACCCAUGAACCCAUCAUCCUCGAGGGUCUGGACGCCAGCAACGUCACCCUCGCCCGACCUCAAAACGAGACCGAGGUCCUCGCCACCCAGGCCGCCUGGAACUGGCGCGACUGGACCCAGGACGCCCGCGGCUGCCCCCAGCAUGACGAGACUCGCUGGCGGCCCCUGUCCCGCGAGUUUCUUGAUCGGCUGCACAAUAUCAUCACAGAAGCCGAGCACAUCAGAUAUGCCUGGACGAGAAAGAAAAUAGAAAUGAGUAAUUGA